UUUAUUGCUAUUUAUUUAAAAUUUUAAAAUGAUAUUAUCAUAUAAUUUAAUAAUGUGAAAGUGUUGAUUUUGUAAAUAGUCUACUAAAACACACUUUUCCACUUAAUAAAUUUUUUAUUUGUAUUUUUGUCAGCGAAAAUGCAAACUUGUUUUUUACAUUUUUUUUAUCACGCAACUUUUGUUGAUUGGCAAAAACCUCGCGGAAUCGCUUUAAAAUGUUGUUCGCAAGGUUACCUAUCAUAGCCGACUUUUUCUUCCAUACAUAUAUAGAAUAGUUUUAUAAGGAUAUGUAAUCAUAAUGAAUAUAUUAAUUAUAUAUGGUAUAUGUCUUAUAUACUAAUGUGCAUAAUUAUAUAUGGAAUGAUGAUUUGCAGAUAUCAAGAAUAGUUGGAGUCCUAAUCAGAGAUUAUGUAACCAUAAUUGCCUUUGACUGGUUUAUCAUUUAUGUCAAGUUCUAAUAAUAAUCAUUUAUUUGCUAAAACAUUAAAAAUAUCUACAUGUACAGAUAAUUAUAAAUUAAUUCUGGAAGAGUAAAAUAUAUAUAUGUAUGCUAACAUGCAUGUUAUACAACACAUAAAAAAUAUAGGACUUUGACAUAAAAGAAGAGAGGACGAUGAAGAGAGGACGCGAAGAGAAGAACCAUGAAACCUCACUUUCACCCUCACGACUUUGUCACCGUAUAAUAUCCAACAGAAAUUUCAACAUCCCUAUCGAUCUAACGGUGGAAAUACUAAAAAAACUACCGGUGAAAUCUCUAGUGAGGUUCAAAUGCGUCUCAAAGUGUUGGUCAUCAAUUAUCAGCAGCCGUAAAGACUUCAUCGAGUCGAUCGUGACUCGGUCCUUGACUCAGCCUCCGCGUGAUGCCCAUCUUAUUAAGGAUCCCGACAACGGGACUGAAUGUUUGUUAGUCAUCUCAUCUCCUUGCCCUCAACUGACUCACAAAGAAUCUGUAUCGAUCCUUAGUACAGCUCACGAAUAUGCCCGCGGUUUGUUCCUUUGUUGGUCAAAUGAACAUCACGAGGGAGCUAUAUAUAACCCUACUACGAGGCAGUCCUUCAACUUACCAAAGAUGAAACAUUCACAUACUGGCGUUUGCUUCUUCGGAUAUGAACCUCUCGAGGAUCAAUACAAAGUACUGUUCAUACCAGACCAAGCCCACGAGCAGGCUUGUCAAGUUUUCACAUUAGGCGAUCCCAAGGCGAAGCAGUGGAGGAGUAUCCAAAACAUUGAACCUCUCUUUCCAUCACUACGUUUUUAUAGUACAGUUUUCAUCAACGGAGCUAUAUACGUUUUUGAUGCUUCUCUAUUACAUGCUGAAAUUUGUAGUUGGAUUUGUAAGAUUGGUUUAGUUUGCAUAUGGAGAUAGAAAUAAAAUAAUGGAUAUAGUACAUCAAAGAAGCCAUAAACUCUAUGCUAAAUAGAAAGGCAAAACAGAAAGAAGUAAAACAUGAAAAUCUUCAAACUAAUAUUUUUACUCAAAAAGCUAAUUUAAAUAAAUAAAUGUGAAUUUUUAUAAACAAAUUAAACGAAUUUUUAUAUGUUUGUGAUUAGUCGAUGACAAGCGUGUUAAAAUUUUUUUAUGUAUACUCAUCUCUUUGUGAUGAGCGAAAAUUAUCUUAUAUAAGUUUUAGUUACG